GCUUCCUAACCUAAUCUAACGACGAAUAUAACGUCAAAAAAGCAAGUAGUUACAUCUUAAUUCGUGGAUUUAGGGGAUUAGUUCGAAGUGUAAAACAUGAUGCCCGAAGUAUUAUCGUAAUGCAUGGAAAAAAGGAGGAAGAACGUAGCGCCUACAAUUUGUACGCAGACUGUGGAUAAUAAAAUAUGAAAAGAUAAGGAAAAUUGACAACUUUAACGAAGCAUCGGUAACAAACGUAGAUGAAGUUUUGAUAAAAAAAAUAUUUAAAGUAGCCAAUCUUCACUUUGGCUACAAAAAAGUGCACAACUACUCAUUGACAUCGUGAAUUAUAACAAUGAGUGAGCAGGGUGAAUCCACAGUUGUAGUGGUCAAGGCGAAGCCAGUAAGACGGGUUUAUAAGGCGCCGGUCAGGGUAAAUAAAAUACCCCCAGAGCAGCUAAAUGACCCAUUGUUAAAUGCCGCCAUUGCAGCUCUGCCGACAAAUUAUAACUUUGAAAUUCACAAAACAAUAUGGAGAAUAAAAGAACUCAAGUCGCAAAGAGUAGCUCUUCAAAUGCCUGAAGGUCUCCUCAUUUUUGCCACCACCAUUUCUGACAUUAUAGAAGAAUUCACUUGCGCUGAGACCGUCAUUAUGGGCGACGUUACUUAUGGUGCCUGCUGCAUUGACGAUUAUACGGCAAAGGCUCUCGGCGUCGAUCUGCUUGUCCAUUACGGUCAUUCCUGCCUAAUACCAGUUGACAAAACAGCGGGAAUCAAAGUCCUCUACAUAUUUGUUGAUAUAAAAAUCGAUGCGAUGCAUUGCAUAGAGUCUUUGCAGGCAAACUUGUUGGUAACAACGAAAAUAGCAUUGGUCAGCACUAUUCAGUUUGCCUCAACGCUCCAGGCUGUCGCUGUCGAGAUGAGAAAAGCUGGAUAUGAAGUUACCGUACCACAAAGCAGGCCUCUCAGCCCUGGCGAAGUGCUAGGGUGUACGGCGCCUCAGAUUCGCUGCGCAGAUGCGGUCAUAUACUUGGGAGAUGGUCGCUUUCACUUGGAGGCAGCAAUGAUUGCGAACCCUAAAUUGCGGGCCUAUCGUUACGACCCUUACGACAAGAGUUUGACGGAGGAAUUCUAUGACCAUGAAAGAAUGCGAAGUAAUAGACGAGCCGCAAUUGAAACUUCUAAAAGAGCGGAGAAAUUUGGACUUAUACUAGGCACCUUGGGUCGACAGGGAAAUCCCGAUGUAUUGAAGACCAUUGAGAAACGGAUCAAAGUUUUGAAGAAAGAAGCUGUUAUUAUUCUCCUUUCAGAAAUAUUUCCCGACAAACUCAAGUUAUUCAGCGAUAUUGACGCCUUUGUACAGGUCGCAUGUCCAAGGCUGAGCAUAGAUUGGGGUACAGCGUUUGAAAAGCCAUUACUGACACCCUAUGAGGGCUCAGUUUCUCUGAAACUAGCGGAGUUGGACAAUGACAGACCGUAUCCUAUGGACUUUUAUGCCUCUGCAAGUUUGGGUCCGUGGACACCAAACCAUAAGCCUGCAGAUCUAGAAAAACAGACUGAUGCAUGCUGUGGAAAGUGCAAGGAAGUUAAAUAACGAAUACUUGAUACGUGAUGAAAAAUAAAUGUCUUUUCUAUCCUAUUCGAUACUUGUAUUGAAACGUUAAUAUAUAGUUUUAACAAGGUAUCUAGUGAACGCAGGAUUCGGAGCAAUUUUGUAAUUACUGGGAACAUAGACCGAGAUACCCUGAUAAACUGUAUAUUCCUCAGAUCAUUCGAAUUUUUUCCCGUUCACUCAUCUGACACUUGUAUGAUUAACUUUACGUAAUCUACGUCAUUAUCUAGAAAAUAAAAUGGAAUAGGAUUUUCACUCCUUGAAUUGAAAAAUACUUCGAAAUUCAAGAUUAACUUGACAUUCCUAGUGUAAUUUAUUGUCGGUACGCGUACAUUAUUU